UUUUGCCGUGGCUAAUGGGUUAGCUGCAGCCACUCGUGCUAAACGCCGGUAUUUUGGCCCGACUCGGAACGUCUCACUCAUCGACCAUGGACAAGCUGUUUGCGGUUUGCUGCGGGGACAAACCAGACUGUUGAUACGGCUCCAAUUUGGUUUCCAUGUGAAAGAAGGGAGCUUCAGAGGGCUGCACGUCAUCAGUGAACACAUCCAUACCCAGCCUGAUCAUGGAGAAAGAGCAACAAUCACUAAAAAAUAUCCUGGAGGAUGGAUUAGGCCGGGAUUUGAUGGAUGCCGGCCGGUUUUGCUUCAACUGUGAGCAAAUAUUUUCAGACCGGAGAUCCCUGGAGCAACAUGUGUGUCUUGCUUCAACUCACAUCUGCUCCUGUGGAACUGAGUUUACAAAGUACGCAGACAUGUUAGACCACAGCACGACGCAUGAACCAGGGCACCAAGUCCUUGACCACGAAACGAUAAGAAAGCGCCGAAUGGAGAAGCUCAUAGCAGAGGAGGAGCAGCUGGUAAGAUUACAGAGCGGUGACGUCAUCUGGGAGGCACCGAAAUUGAACAGUGUGCCAACAAAAUCACUGGCAGUGACGCCCAGGCCGCAGGUACCCUUUAAAUCAGCUUAUAAGCCACAAGUUCCCAUGCAGUCCGCACAGAUUUCACAAGUGCCUCAGUUGUACCCCUCUGGGUCAAAAGCGUCCCUUCCCCAAAAGUCUGUCAGCUCUGUAAAGGGCGUGAAGAAUGUUUUUGCAGGUGUAGGUGCACCAACCGUGGAUCUUUGGACACUUUACCAGCCAGUCGUUUUGCUUAAAACAUCUCGUCAGUUUAACAAGAUAAUGCCAUACGGUUGUGGUAAAUGUGGGCAGUGUUUUUCGUCAAAAACGUCUCUAAUCUCCCACCACGGCUCUCACGUCACAGAUAAAGUUUCAGGCUGUAUAGGAUGUGGGCUGCUGCUCUCGAGCAAGAAAGUCGUGCCUCGCUUCCAUGUCUGUAACUCGCCCAGCAGUGUUACCAAAUUGAGACUCAUUACUGCGAGACCGCUGGGCUUCAAGAUGCCAAAUGAAACCAGUAUGGAGAGUCAGAAACUGAGUGCCAAGGGGCCACAGGCUAGUACCUCUAUACAGCUGAAAAGGCAGUAUCCCAGUGUAACCAAUAAAGGCGUCCGGAGACCUUUUGUCCCUUCCAACCUGCAAUUAAAACGCCAGGAUAUCAGAAAAUACCAUAAAAGUGAUCAGGGGCGUCAUGUUACUCCAUCGCUGCAAUCAAGGAUUUGGAGUCCUAGCACAUCCAAAAUUUACAACACUGUCUCCCUUCCAUCUAAGAGCCAGAGUCCAAGACUGAGUGCAGCCAAUAAAGGCAGUCACUGGAUUCCUCACUCCAUGCAGACAAAGAUGCCCACAAACAUUGCAUCAGCUGCAUCGAGCAAACCUACGCAGAUGUCCCCUACAACAAAUGGGUUCAAAUGUCGAGUCUGUCAUCUUCCUUUUGAAUCUGCUCAGCUCCUUCAGAGGCACAAGUGUAUCCGAGCACGAGAGUUUAUGGCACUGCAGAGCCCGGCUGGCAGACAGCAAUACAAAAUAAAGAUUGUGACACCAGGGACAAGCCCAGUUCCCAUUCAGAUGAAUGGUGAAAGAAGAUUCCAGGUCCCAGCUGCUGGUUACAUGAAGAAAAGCCAAGUUGUGGCUGUCGGUCUGGACAGAGAGCAAGAUGCAGUUCCUGUGAAUAAGAAAACGGGAGUGGAUGCGGACGAUGAUUGUUAUAUUGUUGAAAGUGGACCAGACAAACCUGCUGAGAUGAUUUACCAAGUAACCUCAUCUGUUCCUAUUAAAACUUGACAAAACUAAGGCGCUACAUCCAGUUUGCAUGUUACAUUUUAUGUUAAUGAUGGACCAAGUACAGGAACAUUGCAGACUCUAGGUUGGACAGCAUCCACUGGUUUAUGUUUAUCACAAAUAACUACUUUCAAAGAUUAUGUGUACAAACAUGCAUCUUGAGCUGGAUCUCUCUCAGAACAGUAAACAGGAUUAACUACAGAGUCUGAAGUUGGUAUCUCUAUGGUUAUAGAAGAUGUACAUCGACAUUUCUCAUUAUUCAAUGUUUGUGCAUGGUUCAUCCUUAUAUGAUGGGAUAACCAGGCACUGCGCUUUGCUUUCAAAAUAUUUUUUUGUAUGAUCAGAUAUUGUGUUGUGUGACUGGGGACUGACCACGAUACCUUGUGUUCUUGCCAGUUUUGGAAACUUCAAGAAUACAUUAUAUGUUGUAUUAAACUGUAUUUUUAAA